CGACGUUUUAGCACACGUCCUCCACUACUUAAGAACCGGGUCUAUCCUACAUCAGUCCGCAGGGAAGAAGAGCUCGAGACACUCACUCUAAUGAGCGCCAGCAGUCGCGUACCGUUGAUCACAUUAUGGACGACGAAUUGGUGCACCUCUUGCAAGGCCGUGUCGCCGCUGCUAAGGGAGCUCAUCGAGAAAGAAGGCGUGGGUGAGGAGCAAGGUUCAGUGAGCUUCGUCGAGGUCGAGGCGGACUCGCCGGACCUUGGAGGCAUUGGUGGCAUGGCGUUGCGGUAUGGAAUCAACAGCAUUCCAACACUCCUUGCUUUCGAUCGCCAGGAGCCGCAGAUUGAGACUAAGGUGUCAAAGCUGGGCGAUCUGAAGGACAAGAACUUCCUGCGGACAUGGCUCGAGAAGGAAGCCUCCAGGCACGGCCGUGGAGGUGGUGGUGGGACGUUUUCUGGUCUUUUC